AAAGAAACAGCUAUUUGAAGAUAAGGCAGCAGCAAAAGCAACAUCCUCUUCCUCGCAUACCUUCUGUUGCGGAAGCUCCCACGCUCGAUCGGCAUGGACGCCGGCGAGCUGGAGGUCUUCGACGCCGGCCGUUACACCGAGGGAUAUCAGCUCGGUCUCGCCGUGGGCCAGCGGUUCAGCGAGACGAUCAGGAGCAGGAUGCAAGUGGACCUCUUCCUGCAGGAGCAGCUGCUGCCGUUCGCGUCCACGGCGGCGGGCAAGCCGCUCCUCACCGCGCUCCAGGCCGCCAACAGGGAGAGGUACCCCCGGUACUGGGACGAGCUGGUGGGCAUGGCGGACGGCAGUGGCGUCCCACUCCUCCACGUGAUUCUGGUCAACUUGAGGAAGGAGAUUCGUCCGUUCAUCCCAAAGAAGGACCACGAACGGAGAGAAGAGCCCGACGACGACUGCUCCGACAUCCUGAUGGUGAGCGAGUCGACGGCGUUCGCGGCGCACAACGAAGACGCGACCGCCGCGCUGCUCGGCCACACCUACGUGGUGAAGGCGACGUCGCCGGACGGCGUAUCCUCCUUCACCGCCUACACCUACGCCGGCGAGCUCCCCACCUGCGCCUUCGGGUUCAACAGCAACGGAGUGGCCUUCACGCUCGACUCGGUUCCGCCGGCGAUCGGCGAGGUCGCCGCGGGGGCCAUCGCCGUGAACUUCGUGUCGCGGGACCUGCUGGAGGCGAGAGACCUGGACGACGCGAUGCGCAGGGUGUGCUCGCCGGGCGUCUCGGUCGGGCACUGCUACAACCUGAUGGACGUCAGAGCCCGACGGAUCGUCACCGUCGAGACCGCCUCCCGGAGCCGGUUCGCCGUCCAGGAGGCCGGCGCCACGCCCUCCUUCCACGCGAACAUGUACCGUCAUCUCCAAGUGGAGCAGGUGCAGGACGAGAACUCCAUGAGCAGGGAGAGGAGAGCGGCGCAGUGCGCGAUGGACUCCAAGGAGAAGGCGCUCGCGGUGCUCGGAGACGCGGCCGACGACAAGUACCCCAUCUUUAUGACAGGUCCAACGCUGUAUACUCUAUGCACCGUCUUGGUUGAUCUCGACGAGGAGACGAUGACCAUUUACAGGGGGAAUCCCAAGAACAGAGAUGCCGUUCGAGUAGCUCUUCCUAUGCUGUCAACUUCUAAUAACUAGAUUAGCUUAGUCCUCGCCGCCGAGAAAUUGGUCAGUAUCCCUAAUUGCUACAGUAGCACUAUGAUUGUAAUUCAAAAGAUCGGUUCAGAUUUUUGGAUGUUGUCACAUACUAGUAGUGUAUAAUUGAGCAUGAUCAUUUUUGCCA